AUGGUUCGCGACCAUCCUACUCGUGAUGAUGUUGAUGAUGAUCUUUAUGCUGAUCUUCGUCUUUAUUAUGCUGAUCGUAGUCUUGUUACUCUUCAUGUUUCUCUUGAUCGUGAUGAUGAUACUCUUGCUGCUGAUCUUCGUCGCCUUCGUCUUGCUUCUCGUGCUGCUUAUCGUCGUCUUCGUGCUCCUCGUGCUGAUGGUGAUCUUCGUCUUAAUCUUCGUGUUUAUGCUGCUGAUGCUAAUACUUUUUUUCUUAAUAGUCCUCGUUUUAACCUUGAUCGUCUUGAUGAUGCAGAUGAUGCUAUUACUGCUUAUCUUCAUAGUCGUCGUGAUCGUCGUCGUGUUGUUCGUCGUCUUGCUCUUGCUCGUGAUGAUCUUUAUCAUCGUGACGAUCUUUAUUAG